GAGUUUCCCUUUUCGCGAGUCGGGAGUGAGCUUCAGGCUGCAAGUUAGUCCUCAGACGCCUGGCGGGCUUCGCAGUGGUUCGGGUCCAAGCAGGCCCGCGGGUCCGGCGGCCGCCGAGGAGAGGGCGGACUGGGUGGGCUCGGGCCGGGGUUCGUGGAGGCUGGGGGCACCGCGCUGGCUCCUCUCCGGCCCCCGGGGUCACCGGUCUAGGCCGGCCCCGAACCCAGCCCUUGCUCCACCAGCUAAGGUCUCUGGGUACCGGUUUGUCCCCGGAAGCUCAUGUUUAGCUCUUUUCAUCAUAAUUCCGGGAAAUAAGUAAUCCAGAAGCACAAGAGACACCCUGGACAGGGUCUGGCCUUGAAAAGAGACUGCGCUACCCCUGGGAAAAUGAACACGGUAUCCACACCCAGGACGUGCAUUUUAUAGUCGGGAUCUCUUUUCAGGUUUCAAGUUCUGACGCCACUAACUUUCUUGAAAGACUAGUUUUGAAAUCGGCAAGUGUAUAUUAGACACCAGUAUUCAAGAGGAACCGCAAUAAAACUUUUCCUACUGUAUUAUGCACCCCCCUCCCCAUGGUUCACCAUCUAAAUUCCCGGAUUUUCUUGUGUUCCUGUUAGGAGGAGGGCAGAAGUGAUGCCACCAAAAAGAAGUGAGAAAUACAGACUUCCUGUUCCACUUCCAGAAGGCAAGGUUCUGGAUGAUACGGAGGGAAAACAGUGGAUUCUGGGCAAAAUGAUUGGCUCUGGAGGAUUUGGGUUGAUAUAUUUAGCUUUCCCCAUAAAUAAACCAGAUAACGAUGCAAGACAUGUAAUAAAAGUGGAGUAUCAAGAAAAUGGCCCAUUGUUUUCAGAACUUAAAUUUUAUCAGAGAGCUGCAAAAAAAGAGUACAUCAAAAGGUGGAUAGCACUCAAGCAGCUUGACUAUUUAGGAAUUCCUCUGUUUUAUGGAUCUGGUCUGACUACAUUCAAGGGCAGAAGUUACAGAUUUAUGGUAAUGGAAAGACUAGGAAAAGAUUUACAGAAGAUCUCAGACCAGAAUGGCACUUUUAAAAAGUCAACUGUCCUGCAUCUAGGUAUCCGAAUGUUGGAUGUGCUGGAAUAUAUACAUGAAAAUGAAUAUAUUCACGGUGAUAUAAAAGCAGCAAAUCUACUUUUGGGCUACAAAAAUCCAGAACAGGUUUAUCUUGCAGAUUAUGGACUUUCCUACAGAUAUUGUCCCAAUGGGAACCACAAAGAGUAUCAAGAAAAUCCUAGAAAAGGCCAUAAUGGAACAAUAGAGUUUACCAGCUUAGAUGCCCACAAGGGGGUUGCCCUGUCCAGACGGAGUGACCUUGAAAUCCUUGGCUACUGCAUGCUGCGGUGGUUAUGUGGGAAACUGCCCUGGGAACGGAACCUGAAGGACCCUGUGGCUGUCCAGACUGCUAAAACAAAUCUCUUGGAUGAGCUCCCUGAGUCAGUGUUUAAAUGGGCUCCAUCUGGAAGCAGUUGCUAUGAAAUAGCCCAAUUUUUGGCAUGUGCUCAUAGUUUGGCAUAUGAUGAGAAACCAGACUAUCAAAUCCUCAAGAAAAUUCUGAACCCAGGUGGAAUACCUUUAGGACCACUGGAAUUUUCCACUAACGGACACAGCGUAAACACACAUCCUCCAAACAAUCAAAAAGUUGAUUCACAAGCUGCAGCAAAGCAAGUUAAUCAGAUGCAAAACAGGUUGAUGGAGAAAAAAGGCCACAGUGAGAGAAGUUCUGAGUCCUGUGCAACAUGGAGACAAGUGCAAAAAGAGGAGAAGCUGGUCGGAGUGAUUGACAAUGAAUCAGCUCAGGAAAGCUCAAGGAGAAGACAAAUAUAUCAUGAGCCUCAAGAAUUUCUCAAUGAAGUAAAAAGUUCCCCACAAAAAUCCAGCUGUAUACAACUCCCAAAUGCAUUUCAUGAAUAUCAUCAAGAUUUUACCAGUCCAGAUAUAUUCAGCAAGUCAGAAUCUCCAUACUGGUAUACAUAUGAUACUUCCACAAUCAGAAUGAGCAUCACAGACUUAGAAAGUUGUAGAGGACUUUGGCCUACAAUUUCCCAGUUCACUCUUAGUGAAGAGACAAAGGCAGAUGUGUACCGUUACAGCUUAAUCAUACUUUUUCUUUUGAUUUUAGUAUUUCUCACUCUGUAUUUUCUCUGAAGAUAGAUAAAAUCCUUUUGGUAAAAUUUUAAGUUUCCAGUUCUUCACAGAAAUAUUAUGUUCUCAUUUCAGGAUUUCUUCCCAGACAUUUUCAAGGUAAUUGGCUUAGAAAAACAGAGAAUACAUUUUAACAAAGAAACUUUGUAGUUAACUGUAAAAAUAAAAUGUCCUUGUACUAGAAAUAGUAUCAUGUUAUAGUUUGAAAAAUAUUUUUCUGAAGUUUCAUCUCACCUAGGAAAUCUAGAAAGUGGUUACUUUUUUUUUUUAUUAUUAAAAGCAAAAUAUAUCUUAUAGGAAUAACAGAUGUUUUUGAAAGUUUUAAAUAAGCCACAUAGAUAUCUAUCUUCUAAAAUACAUUACUAAAAGCUAGCCAUACUUCAGGAAGUGAUCAAUGAUUUGCUUACCUUACUACAAUAUGGACAUUCACCAAAGAUAAUGUUAAAACUCUGUCUACUAGUCAGUAGUCCUCGCAACCACUGAAGAUUUAAAAAGAAAAGAUUAUAUAAAGAUGAGCAGAGUCAACAUGCUUACAGUAAAUUAGAGAUAUUCCAAAUUAACAUUUUUCAUGUGUUAUACUUUUAAUCAUGAAGAUUUAAUUAUGUUUUGCAAAAAUAGAGGGUACAUUUUCUGAGCCAAUACUAGACUAUUAAUAUGCUAGAUAUGAAGGGCAAAUCAACAUGGUUUAUAACCAAAUUACGGGCCCCUUUAAGAAUUUGAUGAAAGUUAUUUCUCUACCACCAAAUGGCAUACACAAAAAAAAAGUAACAUUCUAUGCAAUAAUAGAUCCUUAAUUACAAAUUAAGAAUGCCUGUAAACUAAUAAGUACUAUGUCCCUUGAAGAUUUAGUUCUUAAUUUCUAGUCCUUCCUUAAUUGCUAAAAGUGGGUUAAAUCUCAAUCUAUUAAUUGCAAGCAGUGCGUUUUAAAAAAAUAACUACAUAUUCAUUAUUUCAAAAAAAAGUACAUGGUAUCUCCCAAUUCUGUAAUUGUACCUAAUAUUCUGAUUUUAUAUAAAGUAAAUUAAUGUCCCAGUAGCUAAGUUUCCCACUGUUGAAGUGCAGACAGCAGCAGCUGCAAUUUCUAACAGUAAUCGCAACAAUAAAGAGGUGAUAUUAAGGAAGACUCUUUAAACUGAAAGCACUGUAGAAAUGCAAGGUAUUUCUUACAUUGAUCCACAUAUAGUUAACCAUGUAUCACCUGUACACUCAGAUGAGUGUUAGAGAGAGCAAAUGACUAAAGACACGGAAGAAAGCAGGCUUCAGAUACAGUAAAUAAAAUGGCAUUGCCUGAGAGUGCUGUGAGAUGUUAAGAUCACAAAAAGCAUUGUUCUUAAUAUCAAAAGUAGGAUUAUUGCAUUUAGUCUAUACUUUACUCUAACCUGGAAAAUAGCAGAUACUUACUUUGUAAGUACUAAUUCCCUUUCUCCUUAUCGCCACUGCCACUAAUACCAAAAUGAGUCUAGAGACUUUGCAGUUACAUGAGGUAUUUACUAAAAGACUCUAAUGUACCAAGAGUUUAGUUUGCGUCAAUAAACUAGUCCAUGAAUAUA